AUGUACAACGGAGUUGGUUUAACAACCCCAAGGGGUUCUGGAACAAAUGGAUUCGUGCAGCGAAAUCUGGCGUUUAUCAGCGUAUCCCGCGAAAAGCCGCAAUAUCGCACGGAGGAAGACAUAAAGCGCCUUGACGAAGAACUUAAUCGACCGCCAAAUAAAGAAAUUUUGGAGCAUGAAAAGAAACGAAAGAUCGAGCUCAAAUGUAUGGAACUGAGAGACCUGAUGGAGCAACAAGAGUAA